UAAGCAGAACAGUACAAGCCCAAACACUUGUUGACCUUGUUUUAGAACUCUGAUCUGCCAUAUACAAUCUAAAUUCAAAAAACUGAAAACACUUCCCUAUCCCUCAAGGUCUCUCUUCCCGCAAAAACCUCCAUUUUCCCAACAAAGAAGCAAGAAAAACGAGAAUGUCUCAGCCACACCAUUACUGCGCUCAAGAUCCCAUGAAGCUCUGGAAACAAACACCCUUAUUCACAUCCCUUAAAGCCACCCAUCUAUUCACCAAUGUAAUGAAAGGUCGUUUCGUAGCAAUUUGUCUUCUCGCUUCAAUCUCUCUCUUGUCCCUCGCCGGAUUCUUCAAAUGGUUCGGCUGUAACGACUGCCAACAAACCAUCCUACAUCCGAUCGCCGGUUACGCUUCUAACGUCGGACUAGGUUACAGUGACAACGAAACCACCAACAUUUCGCACGUUCUUUUCGGUAUCAGCGGCUCGCUCAAGACGUGGGAGGACCGCCGGCACUACUGUGAAGCGUGGUGGAAGCCUGAGGAGAUGCGUGGGUUUAUCUGGCUGGACGAACCGCCGGAAGGCGGCAGGUGGCCGGAAACAUCGCCGCCGUACCGUGUCUCCGGUGACACGUCCAAGUUCAAGUACACUUGCUGGUACGGCUCCCGGGCGGCGGUCCGGAUCGCGCGGAUCGUGAAGGAGAGCUUCGAGCUGGGAGUGGAGAACGUGCGGUGGUUCGUGAUGGGCGACGACGACACGGUGUUCUUCCCGGAGAAUUUGGUCACGGUGUUGUCAAAAUACGACCACAACGAGCUGUACUACGUCGGAAGCGUGUCGGAGAGCGUCGAGCAGGACGAGGUGCACUCGUACACGAUGGCGUACGGCGGCGCCGGUUUCGCCAUCAGCUACGCGCUCGCGGCGGAACUCGUCAGGAUUUUGGACGGCUGCAUUGACCGGUACGCGUCGGCGUACGGCUCCGAUCAGAAAAUCGGCGGCUGUAUGACUGAGAUCGGCGUUCAACUCACCAAAGAACCUGGCUUCCAUCAGCUGGAUAUACGAGGGAAUGCAUACGGUUUACUGGCGGCGCACCCGGUGGCGCCGCUAGUGUCGCUGCACCACCUGGACUACCUGCACCCUCUCUUCCCGCACACCAGCCGGGAGCACUCGGUGAAGAAGCUAGUGGAGGCCUACAACUCCGACCCGAACCGAAUAUUACAGCACAGUUUCUGCUACGACCUGAAGAGAAAAUGGUCGGUUUCGAUUUCAUGGGGAUACACAAUUCAGCUCUACCCGUUGGUGGUGGGGGCGAAGGAACUGGAGACGCCAUUGCAGACGUUUCUGACGUGGAAGUCGUGGAGCGAAGAGCCCUUCACCUUCAACACACGCACCCUGAAAAUGGAGUGGUGCGAGCGGCCCAUCGUUUACUACGUGGACCGGGUUCGCGACGCCGGAAAAGGGUUCACGGUGAGCACCUAUAAAAAGCCGAUCGAUUAUAAGAAACGGUGCGAUAAAAAGGAAUAUGUUUCGGCGUCGUUUGUUAAAUCCUUCAAUGUCUCCGCCCAGCUUCUACGUUCGGAGAUAUGGAAAAAGGCGCCACGUCGGCAGUGUUGUGAGGUGAUCAACGGCGGAGAUGGGGAGGACGGCGUGGUACAAGUCAGAAUUAGAGGGUGUAAUGAAGGGGAAUCAGUGACACCUCCCUAGUUACUUAGGUGAACUAAUAAACAAAAUGUAUUGGAGCUGACCGGUCACCUGUAUG